UAAGUCACAACAAAAACUUUGGGGAACUAAGAAACUAACUAAGAACUGAGAAACCUCGAAAAUGUUUCUGAAAAUAUUUACCAUUGUUUGCUUCGCAACUCUUGUAACUUUCGUUCAUUCCGACGACGAUUUGCUAACCCUAACUUGCCACUCAUGUUUGUCAUUCGACCAAGAACCAACUACGGCCGGCUGUUCUUACAUGAACUGUACCGAUUUGGCUGCUACAGAAAAUUUUCCCGUUCAAUAUGCUGUUUGUGUAAAAACAAAAAUACAAUAUCAGACUUCAAUCGUCUACCAAGCAUCCUGUGAGUAUCAAAUACUAACCUUACAAGACCAAAAAUAUUGCGCAGAUUUGGAAGUCACUGAUGUUCCUGGAAUGAAGUUUUUAGAAUGCAAGUCAUGCCGUAACAACCUUUGUAACUCAUACUAAACUAGUUAAAAAUAAACCAAUUCAAUCAUAUCAGUCAA